AUGUCUCAACCUGAAUCGAAAAUUCGUCGUGUCCAGUUUGAUGUGGAGGAAGAGGUUCUCCAAGUCCGCAGGGAGAUCUCCAUUGUAACCCAGAAAUUGGACAUUUUGGCGGACAAACUGGCGGAAAACACCGCACUUUUAAAAGUAUCAUUUGAUACUGAGAAAGAGAUUUCGGGCGCGGUACCAGUUCCGCUAAAAACAGAAGAGGAGCUAGAUGAGUUCGAAAAUUCCUUGACCCCGGAGCUUAUCGGUUUUUACGCAAGUAUCGAGCAAGGCCGACUUGUUUUGCAUAUCUAUUUGCAGACAAAGAAAAUAUCAAAAAUUAUUGGGAGCGAACCGCUGUCAAAGCGGUUCAAACUUAUAAUAGCAGAAGAUAUUAUCAAUGACUACAAUUUGGACGGGUCCAACGGGAAAAAGUCCCUCAGAUGCCGUAUAGGGUUAUACGGAGUUCUUAAAGGAGCGUUGGCCAAGGACUCCGAGGACCCGGACAAAUCUUUAAGAAAGGCAAUGACUAAUGUAAAAAAUAAACUUACGAAGCAAAAGCACAGAAAUAAUAACUGUGGCAGCUAUGAAAAAGAAGAAAACAUGGUUAACCAUAGGUCAGCAGCACAAGACGCCAUAUUCUUGCGAUUCAUUCGCGAAAAUAUCGACAUUGCCAAAGGAUUUACUCGGGGCGACCGCGUUCUUGUGACCACUCUUUGGAAGGACCUGUCCAGUGAGUUUAAUGCCCAUGGACCACCAUGUAAAACCGAUGACGGAAAGGGCCAGGUCCGAGUCCUUCCCAAUUACUCUUUGAAAGGAGCCAACUGCCACGAACGGCAGAACCGUGGCCAGCUGGAACAAGGGCGAGAUAGACGAUUUUGGGAUAUGCUCCUCAAUCAGGUGUAA